GAUUUAUGGUCCUUCCACGGUUCCACCCUUUCCCUGUAUGCCGUCCCCCGGUAACCUCCAUUCUUUCUCUCUUUCUCUUCUUUUCGGCCUGCCAUCCCCGCACGACCGUCAUCCCCGAUGCAAGAGGGUGCAUCCCACCUUUCGUUUGUUUCGGAAUUUAUCGAGCGUCGCGCUUUCUCGCCGACGAGGAAAAACGAGAGGAUAUCGUGACCUCCAGGGCAGGCUCCAUGGUGGAAUUGAAGGUAGAAUCGGUCGGAAGAGCAAUCAAAUGCGUCCUCGAGACUAAUCGGCGCGAAAAACUGCAAUACACGCCUGGGUAUCAGCGAAUCAGAGAGGACAUCGAUACACUCGAUGAGAAAAAUGAAACAUGCACGUUUGGCAUUAAUAAAGCCAACGGUACUCACGCGGGUGUGUGGAAAGUCACGGCGUACACCGCGAAAGAGGAGACUGAGGAGAAUAUUGAUACAUUCGACGAUAUUACUACGGAAGUGUUCUUGUUCCGUCUGUAUAUUCGCCAGGAGAAGGCCGCUAUACCUUCACAAUAUAUCGAAGUGUAUGAUGGGCACUACGUAAAUAUGAAAUAUGAUGAGAAUUAUAAGAAUCUUACGGCAUGCAAUCUGACGGGACCUAAGAUGGAAUCCAUAAAUUUGUUGACGGAGAAGCGAAACAAUUUUCAACUUUUGGAUCAAUGCGGUGUCCGUAUGAAAGUAAAUGCUACUUACGAGGGCUCUUGGGAACUUAUCGCAGUCGUCAACAAUUACACGCUGUAUUGCACAUUAUUUAAUAUUGAUGUGUAUCAAUUAGAACAAAAAGAUCCAAAUGAUAUGUUAGUCCUACAGUGGACUCGUGGCUCUCCAGGCAUAAUCAGUCUAUCAGGCAAAUCGAAAAUAUGUCAAAUAGUGGAUUCGAAUGGUGUAACUGUAGCUACAUCAGUUGGAAAAUGUUAUCAUCAAGUAAAAGUCGCUACUGUUCAGCACGAGGGCGUAUGGCUCGCCCGUUAUAAUAUGUACGGGAUGCUGGAGCCUAUCGAACAAAAAUUUAGAAUUGAGACCUUUGAUCGAGUAAUUUUUAAUGCUAAUGUCACUCGUAACGAGAAUGGCAAUACAAGAUUAUUCUGUCAAUUAGAGAUAAAGGACACACGUCCGGAAUCAUGUAGCUUUAUUAGACCCGAUGGCACGAGGCUCUACAUGACGCCCGUAAUAGGUACUGAAAGGUACACUGCCUACGUAUAUUCUUUCACCAAGCGUGAACACGCUUACAAUGUUUUGAAAUGUGCAAUAACAAUUAUGGAGCUUGAAGACGUCGAUUACGGCGCAUGGCGAUGCGAUCUUAAGACAUACAGUUCACGCUCGUAUGGAACAGUGCUUCGCGUUACUAUCCCGAUUCUCGCGGAAACAACAACACUAAGGAUAAAAUGUAUCGCUGAUUCCGCACUUAAAUACUGUUGGCUGCGAAGCCCGAAUGGAACUUCUUAUUCCGUCACCGAGGAUACGAAAGCUGAGUCGCCAAUUAUUCUGCGUUAUCAAGGCAACGGGCUGUCAUUCGGCGAAUGUGGUGUAGAAAUUUCAGCAGCCGUACAUUCCGAUGAUGGACGUUGGAGUUGUUUGAUGGGGAUGGCUGACGGUGGCGAGCAAGCCGCGACAAUGUCAGUCACGGUAACAGAAACCUACCUCGUGGCCGAGCAGACGGAAAUAGCCGUCAGCGCACGAAACGAUCCAGUUCUGUCUUGCCACAUCCUUCCGCGUAUGCUGGACAGAACAGUUCAUUACUGCCGGUGGAUUCGCCCCGACGGAUAUGGAAUUUACAAUGACAUAAGCCAUCGAUAUACCACCAACAGUAGCUACUCCGACUGCAGAUUAGUCAUCCUGAAUUACUAUCCGGAAGAGGACGACGGUAAUUGGACGUGCGUGGCCGGACUCGUGGGUAAAAAUGGUCACCUGGAGGAAGCCUGGGACAAUGUCAUGUGUCAUGAGAUUCCGUAUGCAUCGAGUAUGACGGUGUUUAUAGUUAAGCGCCUUAGCUUUGUGGUCAUUGGUAUCACGCUGAUAGUCGUCGUCUUUGGUACUCUCGGUUACGUCUGGGGCCGAUACAGGCUUCGUCGAAUGAUGUCGAGAGACAUCAUCAGCGGCUCACCAAGCUACAGCCCGCAAAACACAAUGUUAAUCAACCACUCCGUUAAUCAAGAAACUUCGCCGGAUAUUUUGUGGAUUAGAUUGCCUGAACUCGAUAAAAAUGCAGCUUGGCUACGCCACGAGCUUUCUGCGCACCAUUUCGAUUUAAUUUCAAAUCUUUAACAAAUGAUACAGCACUGGAUGGAAUUGUAAGGGUAGCUGAGGCAUGGAACAAGGGCAACAAGGGUCGAAGAGUGAUGCGCCGCUUGACCGUGGCCUAUUCGUAAAGCUGACGAAAUUAAUCGUGCACUAAAAGCUGGCAACCGGGAAUUAACGUGUUAGUGCGCUCCAAAUUCCGGAAAAUAUAUCGUUCACACCUGCGAAACGAGCAAGGAUAUCGAAAUUAAUAUGCGAUUCUCCAGCAACUGAGGAAGGAUUUUCUCGAAAUCUCUCAGAAGUACGCGAUAUGAUGCAGCAAAAAGUCAUUCGUCCAAAAGAUACUUUCGUCGCGAAAUUUACUUUUCUGGGAUAGUAGAAGAAUGUGA